ACAGCAACAUCAACCUCUACCAGAAUGAAAAUAUGAAAGAAGAUGACCUUUCAAUGGAACAAAAUGAAAAUGACCUAGCACAAAUAAGUCACUGCCAACAUGUUGAUGAGCCUGUCAAGCAGAAAAAAGAGAAAGGGUACAGCUAUGCAAUGGCCCUACAACUGCUGGGUUUGGAUGGUGGGACUGGGCCCAGUGAUAGGGGUCCUGUCCUGAUGAAGGGGACCUACUUGUCCUUUCUGUAUCUGCGCCACUUGCGAAUCAGGGAGCUGCAGCGCACCUGUCUAGGAAUUCUGAACUACUUCAGAUCUGUUGAGCGAACACUGACAAUCAACACUUCAGGCCUUACCUUGGUUGCAGGGAGUCUGGUCCCCACCAUAGAAGAUAACUCCUGUGUAAAUAUGGCCAAAGGAGGCUUAGGCACCUUGCAAGGCCUAGGAGCUCACCACUAUGUCCAUGGGACAGCUGCCGAGCACAAGAUCCACUGUGUCCAAUUCAUGGAGUUCUCUGAAGUGGAGAACCAGGAUGACUACUACAGCAUGGACGCUGGCUCCAUCCACACGCAGGACCAGCACGGAGUACAUAUCAUGUACGACGAAGCCUUGAGGGAUCUGAAGGAGCUCGAGGCAGAACUGCUGCUCGUGGCCAGCCAUUACAUUGAGAAAGAAAAAGGUCACAAAGAGGGCAGCAAGUCAAAUCCUGGCCAGGACUGGGGAUGGGCCCAUGCGAGUGUGGACAGAUUUGCUGUGCUGUAUGACAUGUGGACUUGGGAAGCAGCCCUUCUAGAAAACAAGCGCCAGCUUCUUGACAGUUACUUUGAAGCCUACCAGCAUGUGUUGGACCCUGAGGAGAGGUUUGCCUUAGCACAAGUGAUCACCGACAUCAUGCACAGGCACCCAAGGUUUGAUCUGAGCCACCCCUAUUUCAUUAAGGCCUACCGAGAUGAAUGCACCUGCCUGAGGCUUCACUUGCAGCUAGUGAAGGGCAUCCUCAAUCAGCACAUAGAGCGUCAGCGGGAGUAUGUCCAGAGGCUUUGGCAAGAAGGCCGUCCAGAUGAUAGCAGUAACUUUGGACUUCCCCUUAACAUCAUUUGCAAGCAGCUUAUUUCCAUCAACAAUAGCUGCCCAGCUUUGAAAAACGUUUAUCUACUGGAGUUCCACCCUUCCCUGGGCCUGGCAUCUCUCAUCCCCCGAUCCCUUGAGUACCUCCUCCGGGAGGCCCGCCACACCUGCAGACCCACAGCUGCCAGCAGCCUCAUGCUGGAGAGACGUGUGCUGCAGCUGGCCCUGGAUAUGUGGCUCACGCCAGCCAGGCCCGAGUCCUGGUACAGCACUCAGCUCCAGAGAGACCUGUUUUCAGCUAAAGUAACGGGAGAUCCCUUUCUCAUGGAGGAGAUAGGUCUGCUUGCACUCAAAUCUGCAACAGACGAAGGACAGAACCAAAGCCAAGAUUCUCCUGUGCUGCUCCUGGAGACGUUUUCCAAACUUCUGGAACUUGUGACCCUCCGCCACCGGCUGAUAGAAAUGAGUCUGGAAAGUGUACACUUAGCUCGUCUCUAUAAGGAAAUGGCAUGGGAGAUGGGUUUUGAAGAGUUCCAUUUGUAUCUGAGGCCUGUUCACUUUGAAUUUGCAUCACUCAAAGACAAAGUGGACCAUCCGCCUCCUGUCUUUGUCACCUCUCUGCUGGAAGACAGUGAUCGAGUGGACAGAUAUUCUCCUACUACUCUUGUCUUAGCCAUCUCUGAGGUGGAUGAUAACCAGGUUGGCAAGUUUAGCUUUUAUACAAAGGAAGCCAUCCUUAAGCUCUUAUUCCAUUCAGGAGUGGAAAAUAUGCAAGUGACCCUUGCAUGCCAAGCAGCUCAGAAAAAUGCCUUGAUGGUGGCAGUCCAACAGGCAUCCUUCUAUCACACGCCCUGGUGGGGCUGUCCUGCCAAUGUGAAGGUCAGCCUGUAAGAUAGAGAAACCUGA